UACCAGCUGUAGUUGUGAUAGGCCAAUUUGUGUUUUGCAAGCGAAUUUUGAUUUUUUAUAUAUAAAAAUAAGAAAAAAUAAAAGUUUAAUAGAUUGAAAUUUCAGAAAUAUUAAUAGGAAAAGAGAAAAAACGAAAUUGCAGUGUUCAGCGCGUGUGAAGUGAGUGAAAAAGAGCGUAAAAAUACCACCGAGUGUUGUUUAAAACGAAAGAAGCUAAAAGUCCAAUCAGAGUUGACACAAUGGAGGAGUGAUAAAGUAUUGGUGGUCUUCCCUGUGAAAGAAAAGUUCUUUAUAAGGUCAAAAAGUGGUUCCCAAUUCUCUCCCGUUACAAUGUUUAUGGACACACCAAAAUUGCAACCAAUUUCCAAAAGUAAACCGAAACCAAGUGAAAAUGUGCCUUCUAGCAGCAGCAGCAGUAGUAGUGGUAGUAGUGUUAACAGCACCAACAACAGUAAUAACAACAACAGUGGCGGCAGUGGAGGCGGCUCCAACAACACCAGCCGUAACAAUAAUAACACCACCGGCAGUGGCAAUAACAAAAACCCUUUUGUCUCAUCUAUGCCAACAGCAACAACGGACGAUAACAACCGUGCCAAUGGCGGUAGCGGUGGCAGCGCAGGCGGAGGAGAACGACGCAACAAUACCAACAACACGUACCGGAAAAAUAGCUGCAGUCCAAGUUUUGUGAAAAACUUUAAUUCCCGCUUCCACGACGAUUUCGAUCGGAAUUACUAUCAUCGGAACAACUAUAGUAACGGAAAUUGGAACAAUAACAACAAUCACAGCAAUUGGAAAACUAACUGGAAUGAUAAUUCCAUAAUACACUGGACACCCAAGUGUAAUUCCAAUUCCAAUAAUAACAACAACAACAAUAAAUAUCGCCACGAUAGAAACUUCACUGCAGGCAGCUAUUCCGAUGAUGUGGAUGUGAGGAAUUUUGAAAAAUCAAAUAAUAAUCGGAAUUCCAGUCGAGACUUUUUAUAUGAAAACAACAACAACAACAGCAAUAGUCGAGAUUCCUGUUAUAAAAAUUCAAGAACAGCAACGCCACCUCCCAGAAGCAGCAAAAGUUCAGAUCGUGGCUUGGCGAAAGAGGAAAUCAAAGUAGAAAAGAAGGAAACGCUUUCAAAAAAAUCGGAGAAAAGAGAAGCACCUUGUAUUUCGAAAUCGGAAAAAAGUGAAAAGGACAAGUCAUCGCCCAAGGCGGAAAAACGAAGAAAAGUUGCUGAUGAGGAGUCAGUAGCACCGUCUGAGGGAGAUUUAGUGGAAAAUAAAGUUAAAGAGAAAUCAGGGGAUUUGAAAUCUUCUCCCAAAAGCGCGAAAAAGAAGGUGGUAAAUAAAGCAAAGGAAAAGAGUGUAAAGAAGAAACCUUUGGAAAAACCAAAAAAUUUGGACUUGGCAAAGGAGAAUUCUGUUAAGAAACCCAUUGUUGCGGAAACUCUCCCCAAGAAGAGGCCGGAAAAGAAUUUGAAAAAAUCAAAACCCUCACCCAAAGCCCAGGGGAAAAAAUUGAAAGGAAACGAUACCCCUCUAAACAAUAUCGUUAAGCAUCCCAUCAGAGUACCGCUGAAAAACUGUACCCCCAAAAAACCCAACCUCAAAACCUCGCCAAAGGCAAGGAAUUUUAAAUCGCCAGCUAGGGGCGGUAAUUCAAAAACGAAAUUAACAAAAUCCCCUGAAACGUGUAAGGCCACCAUAGCGGUUGCAGAUACCACUGGUGAUAAGAACACACCAGCCGAUUCUAGCUCAAAAGACCAGGGCGAUUUAAAAGAGGAAUCUUCUGCGCCGGCCAAAGAACCUGGGGAAGGGGAUAAAGAAAAUAGCCACAAUCCGGUGGAGAUUGUCUGUGAUACCACCCAUCCAGAGGAAUUUGAGAUUGCCAAUAACUCCGGUGAAAAUUUGGAUCUUCCCGAACCCGUAUAUGAACAUAUGCCAAGUGUUUUGAAUGCCAAUUCCUCACAAGACGAAGAAGACACGGAUCAUCUGGAAGAGGCCAUCAACAAAGUAAACAAUUAUUUGGAAAAUCAAACGCAACAUCAGAUUCCCUUAGGAGAAGAAGAAGUUGUGACCCCCGAGGAGGAUCUCUUUAAGGAACCAGUAUUAGAUUACCCCAAUCAUAACAGCCAACCGCUAGCAGCAGCUCCACCUCGGCCAACUCCAAGUGAAAGUCAAAACAAGGAGUUUCAAUUGCCGAAAAUAUCCUUGAUACCCAUUGCCAGGUUAAUUGCCAGCGAGGGAACAUCUCUGGCCAUAGAUCUUGGCUCCAAACCACCAACAAAUAACAACAACAACACCACACCCCAUAAACAUCCUCACCCACCACAUCCGAUCAUUUUCAAACCCAACCUCAUCAAACGUAAACGUAACGUCUCAACAUGCAGCAAUACCUCGACGAGCAGCAACACAGCCACCGCUGCCGAUAACAUCAUCGAGAAGCUGGUGACUAUGAACAAGAACAACAUACGCGACAUUAUCAACAAUAGCAACACAAAAUACGACGAAGCACUCAAGGCUCAGGCCCGUAAACGUUUGCGCGAAGAGAUACGCGAUCAAUUGCGUUCGUUAUACAUUGAACCCAUAAAGGAUCCGGUUAGUUCGGAAUUUGUCCCAGACGAAAUUGUCGAUUCCAUACACAUACCUGAUUUGCUGCUGGAAGAGAUACGCAAGGCUCUGGGUUACGAGGAGUCGCUGAGCUCGCAGCCAAUUAAAGUGAACAGACCUUGGAAUUGGAAAUUGUUGAGGAGAAAAUUGAAAAUAUCCCCGAAACAGAAGACAAGGGAAGGUUUUUGGGAACAGCGGAACAGAAAAUUGAAAAUUCCACUGGAACGGAAGGCGAUACACCCCAUCCAAACGAGAGGCAAAUUGAGUAGCGUUGCCGAAAAUUUUGAAAAUAUAACUGAAACAGAAACUAGACUUCCAGAGGGGAGUAUUAUCGAACCCAUUGUUCACAUUGAGGAACCCAAUCAUAGGGCUUCAGAUCCGGAGACCAGUAGCUUAAAUAAGCAAACAGAACCUCUACAAAUCUUAGAUUCUCCUCCCAAUCUGCCACAAGUAAAAAUCACCACAACCAUGGCUGAGGAAUCGCCAAAUUUAACCUGCAUUAAAAGGGAACCCAGUGAGGAAGGCUCCACCACCACCUCCCCCGCCACCAUUACCACUCCCCAAAAAGAAGAACCGAAAUCAAAGAAAAAAGCCAAACACUAUAGGAAACACAAAGAAUCUCACCAAAAAUCCGAAAAACGUCACAAGGCACGCAAAGAGGCCGCCAUAGCUGCCGAAGUCAUUUGCCUUGACUCAUCAUCAGCCUCAUCGGCCAGUAGCUCAUCAUCUUCUUCAUCCUCCUCCUCAUCAUCAUCCUCCUCGUCAUCUUCCUCCUCCUCCUCCAGUGAGUCGGAGGAAACAGACACCUCCCUCAAAUCCUCUUCAUCGGCCGUCAAGCGAAAGAGGCUAAAACUUAAAGUCGAUGCAGAAAAUGUUGUCGAUAGCUUUGAGAAACUUAUCCUGCCCAGCCUAAGUGAAUCUCUCAUUGAACGCUAUCGCAGUAAAUAUUCCAACUCCACCCACACGAAACUGCAUUUUAUCUCGUGCAUUUGUGUUAGUGAAUAUAACUCGGAGAAAUUCUCCAAACUGGAAGUGGCCAAGAUACAAAGGAACCUCAAGUCUACCGACUGUUCCAUGGCCUUGGAAUUUCUGAUGAGAGAAAUUGUAAAUGUAUUUAAUAAACAGAAACAGGUUGCCAAGCUGGGUGAGCAGAAUGGGAAUAGGAAAAUAAGUACCUCCUCCUCCAACAAGGAUUCGCCACAAAAGCCGGGUAGAGACUUGGAAAAAAAUGUCAAGUCUGCAGAAAAUGGCAAGGAAGGAAUGCAAAAACAUGUCGACAAGGCCUUGAUGGUGUCUAGAGAAGACAUGAAGACAACCCCUCAACCGGUGGUGACACCACCCUUAGCAACAGCAGCUACAGCCGUGGAUGCUACCCAUCCCAAUCAUGCCCCAAGUGAAAUAACUAAAGCCACUGAAACAACACCACCAACAUGCCACAAAACCUCCAACGGCUUGAAGCCCCACAAAGAGGAAUCAUCAGCCCAACAUCAUCUCAAUCGGAUUAAUCAGCUACAAAGAGAAACGGAAAAUCAAUUCAAUCAUAUCAGAACGUUAACGAAUCUAAGCAACACCUCCGACUACAAUCUCCUACCACUGGAUACCAGUUCCAUACGUUUCAAUGCCAGCAUAUUUGAUUAUCCCUCCUCAUCGACGACGGCAGUGCCGGCAUUUACCACCCAACCACCCACAUUUCCAGCCCUCGAUCUGGAAUUGUUGAAAAAACAAAGUCCCAUUGGCGAGGCGGUGGUCAAUAAUCUACGGGAAAUCGAUGUCAAGCUCAUGGAACUACACAAACGGAAAAUGUACAUCGAAGAAAUGAUCCUAAAACUGCAAAAAGAUAAAAUGGAUACGGAUCUGCUCACCAUAAAACUGCAAAAUGAGAAAUUUAUACUCCUCAACACAGCCAUGACGGCGAAUGUAACCACCUCGGCGGCUCCGGAGAAAUGUAAAAAACUCUUUGAGUCCAUCAACCUGAAGAAUAUUAAAACCGAAACCGUGGACAUUACCGAUGAUGAGCAGCAGCAUCCAUCACCUCCACUCUUAGCAAAAAGUAAGAGCCAUGAGGAGGUGGCCAAUAUUUCCUCAAGAUUGGGCGAGGAACGUCAUAGGACCACAAGUGAGUCCUCCUCACAUAAUCCAGGCGUAACCAAAGCCAUAGAUUCUAAUCCCAAAGAUGAUAUAACAACGUCCUCCACUGCUCGACAUAAAUCUCCCGCCGCCAGACGUAAAUCCACAACGGAGAAAUCAAAACGUAAAAACUCCUCCGACUCCAUUCACGUGGGCGAAACCUUUAAGCGUUUGUGUCGUCAGGCCCAGAAGGCCUCAAGUGAAAAUCGGGAGGUGAGCAGCAGUGGUAAUAAAAAUAAUGACAACAGUAGACCCACAACCCCCGCCGAGGAACCAAGGAAAAAAUCCAAUAAAAAUUCACGAAAGAAUUCUGAAGGCAAAAGUUCCAGGGUGAAAAAACACAAAAACGAAAAUAAAAAACAGAAACAAGAAACGGAAACACAGAAUGGGGCAACAGAAGUAAACAUCGGCACCCCAAGUGACACACCAAAGACCAGCACAAGUUCAACACUAUCACCGGUACAAGAAAGUACACCACCACAACGAUCACCAUCACCGCUGCCACCACACACUACAUCCUCCUUAGCCCCAUCACCACGCCCCGCAUCAUCGCUCUCUAAUGCCAGCCAUGAUACCAUCGCAACUGCUACUACAAAUAUUCCUCCUCCAACGGGAGAUUGUGAUAAUUUCCAAAAAUACAAAAAUAUGCCCUGCCGCCUACUGGAGAAUCUGCAAUCGCCCAUUGCCCAAAUACGUAUUUAUCAAAAUUCCAUUCUGGCCUCAACGGAAGAUGGUAAAAUAUUCAUGUUCAAUGCCUCCACAUUGGAGUUGGUGAACACUUUCAAUAAACACACUGAGGCCAUAACCCAAAUGUAUUUGUGUGAGGAUAAGGGUUAUUUGUUUACCACCUCCCUGGAUGGUUACAUGAAGAAGUCACUAUUGGAGAACCUAUCAUCGGGUACACAAUCGGUAUAUUUAAAAGAACCACUGCAAACAUUGGACAUACAAUGGGACACAGCAUUUACUGGUAGUAGAUGGGGCAACAUCUAUACAACUAACAUAUCGGCAAAUGUACGCUCUGCAGCUCUAUUGUGCUCCACCGAGUCCUCGAUUCUCACCAUCAAAGCCGCCAAAGAAGGGGCACGCAAGGUAUUGAUUGUCAGUUCCAAAGGUAAUCUCAUACAUGUGCGUGAUGCCUCUUCGGGAUUAUUGUUGAGGACAUUCGAUGUACCCGAUUGCAUAAAUAUAUACAGUAUAUUGUUGAACGAUGGUCUCCUCUAUUGUGGAACACAGAAAAAGGAAAUACGCAAAUAUGAUUUUGUGUCUGGGGCACCUGUGGGUUCGAUUACCUGCGGCAAUGGAGCCGUUAGCAUGCUCAUGUUCAGAAACAAAUACAUGUUUGUGGGUUGUUAUGAUGGCUUUAUAUAUGUCAUUGACAAAGAGACGGGACGUCAAAUAACACGCUUGACUGGCUCAGGCAAAAUGAUUUUGACCCUGGAAAUUGUUGGCGAUAAGGUCAUCACAUCAGCCAAGGAUGCCAGCAUGAAAAUCAUAAAUAUACCCACAUUUUGUUUAACAGAUUCACUUUGAAGAAAUAACUCGCAAAUUGAAUCUGGAUCAUUGGAUUAACUAAACUAAUCAUGGAGAUUAACAAGCAAAGAAAUGGAAAAAGAAAAAAACUUACUAAAAUUUGUUCAUAUAAUGUUAAUAUAUAAUAUAUAUUAUAAUUCAAAUUUAAAAUUUUUUUAUUCAAGUUAUGUUUGUCGUCUUAACUACUAUUUAGAAUAUAAUUUACAUAAUUCUUAUUAUGUUUCUUAUCAGAAAAAAUAUGUAUUCUAUUAAGAAAUAUUCAUACAUACAUGUAGGCAUAUAAUUUGUUCUCUCUUUUUUUUAGGUUUGGUAUAUUUCAUAUACCAACGCAUUAUGUUUUCUUUUAUAAAAAAAUGUGUAUAUUUUGUUUUUAAUUUUUUUUUCUUUGUUAUAUAAAACAAAAACACUUGCAGUAAACUCAAUUGUAAAGAAGAAAAAGAGAUAUCAAUGAGAUAAGUAAUAAAAUAAUAAUAUUUUGUAAUCGUGAGUACUAUACAAUAAAUAACAGAAAAAAUCUUGCGGCUAUUGUGUCCUGGA